UAUGAUAUGAUAUGAUAUGAUAUGAUAUGGAUGUGUUAGCUGAUCUAAUCCGCACGCGCAGCUAGCGCAGAGCCCGAGUGGACCUGCGGCCGGAAGUGGGGUUAAGGGGUAGAGGCGAGAGAUCAUUGCCAUCUUUUCACUGUAAAUGUGUGCUGUGAGAUGUUGCCAUGUUAGGCGCGGGGAGGAAGUGACCGCUUUACAAAACCGACAUUUAUCGCACAAUAACUGACCAACUUUCCGUGAGGCGCGAGCUGUUCCCUGCGGGAGGGACUCUGUGUUGGGAUCGCAGAGAGAUUAUUUGUUUGAUGUGUAUUAGUUCACUUACUUAUCCGGGACUAAACUCGUUCCUGGUGGUGAGUCUUAGAUACUUUAGUAAUGUGUUGGAGAAGGAAGUCUUUUUACGGGUUCACUAAAAAUUAUAUAUUCUCUGUGCCUGUCUGUCUGUCUGUCUGUCACUCUGUGUCUCUCUGUCUCUCUCUCUGUGUCACUGUGUCUGUCUGUCACUCUGUGUCUGUCUGUCACUCUGUCACUCUGUGUCUGUCUGUCUCUCUGUCACUCUGUCUCUCUGUCUGUCUCUCUGUGUCACUGUGUCUGUCUGUCUGUCACUCUGUCUGUCACUCUGUGUCUGUCUGUCUGUCUGUCUCUCUGUGUCACUCUCUUUCUGUUUGUCUGUCACUCUGUCUCUCUGUGUCUCUCUGUCUCUGUCUCUCUGUCUGUCUCUCUCUCUCUGUGUCACUCUCUGUCUUUCUCUGUGUCACUCUGUCUCUCUAUCACUCUCUGUGUCUCUCUCUGUGUCACUGUCUCUGUCUGUCACUCUGUCUCUCAGUCGCUAUCUCUCUGUCUGUCACUCUGUCUCUCAGUCGCUAUCUCUCUGUCUGUCACUCUGUCUCUCAGUCGCUAUCUCUCUGUCUGUCACUCUGUCUCUCAGUCGCUAUCUCUCUGUCUGUCACUCUGUCUCUCAGUCGCUAUCUCUCUGUCUGUCACUCUGUCUCUCAGUCGCUAUCUCUCUGUCUGUCACUCUGUCUCUCAGUCGCUAUCUCUCUGUCUGUCACUCUGUCUCUCAGUCGCUAUCUCUCUGUCUGUCACUCUGUCUCUCAGUCUAUCUCUCUCUCUGUCACUCUGUCUCUCAGUCUUUAUCUCUCUCUGUCACUCUGUCUCUCAGUCUCUCUGUCUUUCAGUCUUUCUCUGUCACUCACUCUCUGUCUCACUGUCUGUCUCUCUUUGUCACUCACUCUCUGUCUCACUGUCACUCUCUCUCUGUCACUUUCUGUCACUCUGUCUCAGUCUCGGUCACUCUCUGUGUCUCUGUCUCUCUCUCUAGAAGUGAUCUAUUUUACAUGUUUAUUAUGCUUCCCUUUUAGUUCCCUAUGGCUGGGACCAGUGAACUGCUGCUUCUCUCUUCACAAUAGCGCACAGGAAAAGUGUUCCCACCAUUGAUCUGAGUUCAAGCUGCUGUCAGGGAGCAGGAGUCUCUCAUUGUGUCCUUGGGCCUGUUGUGUUAUGAAGAAGGAUGAAGCUGCGGGUGCACUGCGUGGUGGACCCCAUGGGCUGGUUCUGUCUCAGCUCAGUGCUGUUCAUCUGGUUGUACAACACCAUCCUCAUCCCCAAGCUUGUGCUACUGCCACACUAUGCUGAAGGACAUAUACCUGGAGCACUAGUUGUCUGUUACUACCUAGCGUCACUCUUGUGUGUGUCUGCAUUGUUAAGGGCUUCAACGGCAGAUCCAGGACGACUUGCUCAAGACCCCAAAAUCCCCUUAACAGAACGUGAACACUGGGAGCUGUGCAAUAAAUGCAACCUUAUGAGGCCAAAGAGGUCACACCACUGUAGCCGCUGUGGCCACUGUGUACGCCGCAUGGACCACCAUUGUCCCUGGAUUAAUAACUGUGUUGGUGAAGAUAACCACUGGCUCUUUCUUCAGCUGUGUUUCUACACUCAGGUCCUGAGUCUCUACACUCUUGUGUUGGACUUCUGCCAGUACUACUACUUUCAGCCUCUAGUCUCAUUGGACAAGGAGUUCUUUACAGUGCGUCAUGAGUUGGCGCUCUUGCGCGUGUCCUGCUUCAUGGGAUUGAUUAUGUUCGGAGGAAUGAGCAGUCUCUUCUACUCACAGAUCACAGGAAUCCUUUCUGACACAACCACUAUAGAGAAAAUGUCUCACUCUUCAGAAGGGAUCAGUGCUCAUCGGUUGUGGCAGCAGUCGUUGGCCGAGGUGUUUGGCACGCGCUGGAAGCUCCUGUGGUUCCUGCCGUUCCGAAGCAGACGGCCACUGUACCCAAAUUCCUCCUCCCACUUGCACGUGUAGCAAAGCAGAGGCUGGUGCUGAGGACGUGAACCUUCUACUUUACACUCCUUUCUCUUCUCCACUCUGUCGCUUCACUGUGGCCUAACACUUCUGAGGUACCAAAAGUGCAGUCUUCAGGUUUUACUCCGUUAAUGAAGUUGAACACAUUGGAUAUGAUUCCUCGUACUCCACGGCCAAGCUCUUGUUCCUUGGUAUUAUUAGAGUCGACUUUUGAGCUUUGUAGAGUGGUGUUUUUUUUUUUUUUUUUUAAUUUAUACUGAAAGCUUUGUAAACACCAUGCGAAUGUGUGUAUUUAUGAUGUUAGGGAACAUCAGGGUACGACUGAAUUAAAGGGUUUGUUGUUUCCAGGGUAACACUCCGUGACUCAGUGAUUGGCAGGGUGCAGCUUAGUCUGAGAGGUUUUAUCUCUGGCUUAUUGGGGUGGGUGGCUGAUGGCUCUAGAGGUGAGCCAUGACCUCUGGCAAGAGCUAAAGACAAACUCAACACUAACUCUGCUCACAAAUGCUUCGCCAAGCAUCCUGUACCACAAUACUGAAUCCUCAACUUGAAUACUGAUCAAGUGGCAGCACAAAUAUGCAUUCCGUUCAAUCACAGUUUUGCCUCUUGCUUCUUUUACCACAUGAUUUGUGCCUUUUAGAAUAUGUCUGAGAGUUUGGGUAAUUUUAUAUACAUGUUUUGCCAAAUUAUUUAAAAUCGUACGUUGAUGAUAUGGUCAACCUUUAUCCUAAUAUCCUUAGAUUUAUUUUUCUUUUGUUAAGAAUCUUAAGCUUUUUUUUUUUUCAUAUUAAACCUAUGACUCAAAUUGACCAAAAAUAGACCAAAUGCACAAUUUUUAUUAAUAAUACUCGAAAAUAAAUUAACUAUAUUACAGAUAUAUAAACACUCGACACCUAAGGUUUUAAGAAGUUAAUAUUUGUAUUUGUUUGUUUUGUAGUUGUCGUAUGUGAAGUGCCUCCUUAACUCUGUUUCAUUCUGUUGCCAUGAUAUUCCAUUUUUAUUUUUUAUGAAAGCUUUCUUUGGGGAAAGCUGGUAUGGAAAAAAUGCCCACUUCGUAAUAUCGUCAAAACAGAUGCAGUCAACUCCAGAGAAAAUUAUUGGCAACCUUCAAGAUAACGGGCAAACAGUAUUGUAUAAAAUAAAAAUUAUGCACAAAGAUUAUGGAAUCAAUUU